AUGCCAUUAUAUCCAUUAACGAUCAAACAAAGACUACUAUUUUUCUACAAUAUAGUUUCAGCCACGCUAUGGUUUUGUUGUUUUGCAAGAUUUUUAAUAUUAUUACCACUAGUGGGUAGAAGAUUUUUACCUGGUGGUAUAGCUGAUUUUUUCCAAACAAUUGCAAUAACUCCAUUGUUGGGAUCAAUAUUAGUUUUAAUACUCAAUGAAAAAUAUUUGAACAUAAAAUCUCAAUUAUGGUCAAUUGGAAAUGGUAUAAAGAUGAUUUGGAUUUGUUAUGGAGUCAUAUUCCCUUACCCAAAAAUUGCUAAACACACUUCAUAUUCAAUGUUGAUUACAGCUUGGAGCUUACAGUAUUUCAUUAAUUAUAGUUAUCAUGCAUUUAAAUUAAAGACAAAGACUUCGCCAUUCUUUUUAUUCUGGUUACAAUAUAAUAAUUUUUACAUACUAUAUUUAUUAGGAACCAUUGCAGAAAUGAUUCAAAUAUUUUUGAGUUUAGCGUUUGUCGAUGAUGACUCUUAUUAUGAAUUGUUUUUAAGGGUUGUUUUUCUAGCAUAUAUACCCAUUGCUUAUUACACUUGGGGACACCUCAAAAAAAGAAAGAAUUUGAAGUAUUCAGAAGUUAUGAGAAAAAGAACGGCCAUUUUUAAUAAUGAAACGCAAUUAACAGAUAUAUCGAAUACUGCUACAUAG